CUGGCCCCAUUCAAACCGUCAAUCGCGUCUACUCCCGGCUGGUAAUCUUAAGUAGUAGCCACACGAUCAACCGACCAUACUUUCCACCACCUCUAUAUAAGGCUACCGUCAGCAUCGCACUAUCUUUGCUCUAUACACCCUGACUUAAAGCGUUCUCUGCACCAUCGAAUAUCCGCAUCUUCGUUCGGCACUAUGACUCUCGCCGAGGAGCUCCGCUCAAGAAACUUCAGCAUCUAUGGACAAUGGACGGGCGUGAUCUGCAUCGUCUUGUGCUUGGCUCUCGGUAUCGCCAACAUCUUCUCGUUCGACGUCGUGAUUAUCAUCUUUAGUGUUCUGUGCCUCAUCUCUGGUUUGAUCCUCAUCUUCGCCGAAGUGCCCUUCCUCCUCAGAAUAUGCCCCACAUCACCAAAAUUCGAUGCAUUUAUCCGACGCUUCACCACAAACUGGAUGCGCGCUGCAAUGUAUACAGUGAUGAGUGUUGUGCAAUGGCUCAGUCUUAUCAAGUCCGCUACCAGUUUGAUUGCGGCUGCCGUUUUCCUACUCAUCGCCGGUUUGUUCUAUGCGCUGGCGGGCCUCAAAAGCCAGGAAUUCGUCGGCAGCAAGACUUUGGGCGGCCAAGGUCUUGCGCAGAUGAUCGUCUAAGACUGGUCUG